AUUCCAAAAAAAAAAGUCUAAACCCAUUAGAAUUGUCAUUCACUUGUUCUUAAGACCCUUUAUGAAUGAUAAAUGAUCCAAUUUUUUUACUCAUUUACAUAUAAAAAGAGAUAAGAGGGUGAGAGAUUGUGGGGAUGGAUUUUAUUUAGUUGGUGUAUAUAGUAAUUGUGUGUGCUUUUUUCCACAGGAGUGGGUAAGUAACUUUUACAGAAGCAAACCUUGAGUGGCCACUAGGCCUACACAUCAUCAAAAAAAAGGUGAUAAAAGAUUUGUCUCUUAUCCAAAAUCCAAACGCAUAUGGAAAUGUUUAUCUUUAAAUACAUCAACGCCUUAAAGGCUAAAGUAUAUCCAUUGCCCAUUCCUCUGACUAGGACCCCUUAGAACUUAAUACAUUCAGCCUGUGGUUCACAGUUGUCCACUCUCUUAUAUUUAGAUGUUACUUUUAUGUUCUGCCUUCUCUUCAUAGGAAUUAAAGUGAAUUUGAGUCAGAGGAAAAGAGAAAGAUAGAGGGAGAGAUAUAAAGAGAGAAGGUAUCAUGGAUGCUUGUUUUCUUACAUCAAGAUCAAUCUCUGGUGUCAAAGAGCUUGUCCCGUUUAUCAAAGCAAGAAUCUUUACUUGCCCCAAGAGAAAUUCUGGCCAAUUUAUCACCAGGAAGGUUGCUUCUCCGAUCUCUGUAAAUUGUUCUCUUUCGGAUUCAUGGAAGCCACUGGACGAUGAUUCUGAUCUUUUCAAGGAUUGUGUCAACAAUUCUACAGCAGAUGCUGAUUGGAGGGAAUUCAGGGCAAGGCUUGUUGUAGGGGAACAAGCUGCAACGUCCGAGAAGGAUCAGCCCUCGUGGUCUAACCCGGACAUGGUGGUGGACUAUCAGCCAUCAUCUUCCUCACUGAUCACAAUUGGAAGCAGAUGGGCACACAAGAUCCAUGAGCCUGAAACAGGCUGCCUUCUAAUCGCCACAGAGAAGCUAGAUGGUGUCCACAUCUUCGAAAAGACGGUGAUCCUCCUCCUCUCUGUUGGACCCUCAGGUCCUAUAGGAGUCAUCCUCAACCGUCCAUCGCUGAUGUCGAUUAAGGAGACCAAGUCAACGAUAUUAGACAUGGCAGGAACGUUUUCAGACAAAAGACUCUUCUUUGGUGGACCUUUGGAAGAAGGGUUGUUCUUGGUGAGUCCAAGAUGUGGUGGAGGCAACGAGGUUGGUAAGAGCGGAUUGUUCAGACAAGUGAUGAAAGGAUUGUACUAUGGAACAAGAGAGAGUGUAGGAUUGGCUGCAGAAAUGGUGAAGAGGAAUUUGGUUGGAAGAAGUGAGUUUAGAUUCUUUGAUGGGUAUUGUGGUUGGGAAAAAGAGCAGUUGAAAGCAGAGAUCUUGGGAGGUUAUUGGACAGUUGCUGCUUGUAGCUCCAGUGUUGUUGAGCUUGGUUCAGCUGUCCAAAGUCAUGGUCUUUGGGAUGAGGUUCUUGGGCUUAUUGGGCCUCAAACUGGCUCUGUUAUCUAAAAUCUUGUUUUUGUAAUGCUUUUCACUAAUGGUUUAUGGUAUAACUAUUGUGUAUGUUUUCGAUGUAUGUAUUCAAAAUCCAUUACUAAUUUAUUUGUUUGUUUCUUA